UGUUCGUUGCAGGCAACGGACGUUUGUGGGAAAUUCUUGGGAAAAUACAUACCUUAGCCUCCCGCCUACCGUGUUGCGUGUAAAAAAGGGGCGUGUGCGUGCGCCGGUGUGUGAGUUUGGGCCAGGGAGAAUGGAAAAUGUAGUAUCCCAGUGGGCGCUCAAGGAGUAACACUAAAAGUACAUAAAGUCAAAGAAGUGCCUUUAUAAUUUACCGAUUUUCCUGACAUUACUUUGCCGAAAAUUAGUUUAGGCUCGCGAAACCUGCGAAUAAAAGUACAUCAAUUUACCAUCACGUUAAGAUGGGUGCUUAAAUUGCAGUUGUUGAAGAGCGCCGUAUUAAAUACAGUUCAAAGAAAACGAAAAUCUGUUAGAGAAGCGUCGAAUUUAAGGUACAAACACACGAAAUGCGCCAAAAAUCCUGCAGCUGAACACGAAAUUCACCUUCACCCAAGCGUAUGACAUGCAUAUGAAAAAUCGAUACUAGAAGCAUCAGCAGUUGCAACACUACGGCCGCUCCCAGUUAACCAAAUAAAGCACAGGCAGAGGUUCUAUAGGCCCAGAGACCGCCUGAGGAGGCUCGUCAGGAAACGGCAACUCGAAGCUCCAGCACCCCCGGCAUGGUCGAUGCCAAGCCGCAGCCACCCACUCCGGGAGCGAUGCCCGGAACGGGAACUGGAACGCCACCGGCUGGCUUUGCCGGCGAGCGAUCGAAAAUCAAAUUGUUCAUGGAACGAACCCCCAGCAUCGGGGCGCUCAAGUCCAAGUUCCUCACAGUGCUGGGCAACAGCAACGAGCUGCUCAACGGAAUAUCAAACAAGUUGACCCUGAGCAGCAGUAGCAGCGAUUCAGACUACUGCGAUGACGACGAGGAUAUACCCAAGUUUGACGAGACCAUUGAUUACACAAAGAUCGACUUCGAAGGGCGACGAGUAAAGGCUCGGCGGGCGCACGAGGAGAUUAUAUCAGGACGAUACCGCCAGCCCAAUUUGGCGCCCCGUCCCCGGCUAGAACCAUCGCGCGGUCGCCAUGCGGCUAGCAAGCUGGCUGGACCCCUCCGUUCGAGCUCCGGCUCCUCGAGCAGCUCCAGCAGCAGCGACGACAGCAGUUCGAUGUCGCUGCCCGAGCCCACGGCCAAUCGCUCCCACGACGUGAGCAGCACCACCCGCUCGGAUUCCAUAGAGUCGCGCCACUCCGGUGGCUAUGAGAGGGCCAGGCAAAUCGCCGGAGCCCGUCGCAGCGAGAUGGACAUGCAGAGGGAUACGCAGAGGAUUGGCGAGGUGACCGAAUCCCUGCCGCCGCACAUCGAUGUGCAGCCGCCCACGGAGGGGGGAACGGGGGGAGCGGGAUCCGGAGGACGUCAGCAGUGGGCGGGAGGAAGCAACUCCAUGCGCCUGCCGUCGCGAAGUAGAGCGUCCAACAGCAGCACUUUGACCAGCCUGCGGGAUGAGCCCGAUCAGCUCUUGGCCAGCCCCAGCAUGGAGUCCACCGACUGGCGGCACUUCAUCCGCUCGGAGUCGCAGAACUCGGUGCCCUCGUGGGCAUCUUCCAUCAGCCUUGAUUGUCGGGCUGGCGAGGAGCCGGUCAAGGAGUUCAUGAAGCACUUUACCGCCUUGCUCUUUGGAGGAUCUCCGGCUGCCGUCGAUCUGGAGCUGAAGUCGGAGUUCGGGGUGCUGCUGCGCCUGGAGAUCGGCCGACUGUGGUUCACCCGCUUCCUCACCGAGCAGCGCCACAAGUCCAAGCGCCUGGAUUCGGUCACCUUUGGCGGUCUGGCCCAGUACUUCGCCUUGGCCUUGUUCGAGUGCAGCGAGUGCGAGGAUUACGCACCGGCGGCGGUGCUGAUGAACCUGUGUUUCCUCUUCUACCACGAGGUUGAGGUCCCCGGCUGCGAUCCCUACCGCGAGUACCUGUUCUCCUCGCUGCGCCAGCAGCCCAUCUGGCAGCAGGCUCGCUUCUGGAACGCCAUCUUCCACGACGCCCUGCAGGCGGAACGGGAGCACCGGGGUCAGAGCCAGAUGAGGCGUCAGAAGCGCCGCCAGCAGAAGCAGCAGCAGCGGCAGGCAGCUGGGGCAGCGGGAUCAGGAGCGGCGGAUGUGCCAACUUCCAAGUCCAAAAAGGGCGGCGACUCCUCGUCCAGCUCUUCUCAUCAGGCAGUUCAACCAGCCACUCCGGCAGCUCCUGCAUCCACUGCCUCCGUUCCGGCCAACCGGAGGCCGAGCAAGACCAGCCUCACCCAGGCUCCGUCGGUCAGGGAGCAGGAGGACAUUGCAUUUCGGCAGCUUGCUGCCUUGACUUGCAAUAUGCACUCACUGGGCACAUCCCAAGAGUUGUGUCUUGACUUCCUGAAAAAGAAUGUGGUGGCCCUAAACCUAUCUAAGGAUAAGGCCAAACUUAUCAGAGACAAUAUCUAUCGAAUGUACCACGAAACGCAACUUUGGGGAGCCCGACACGCCUGAGGUGAAUUUUAUUACCUUGAACCGUAAUUACUGAGAUAACCCCUUAAACACUUACAGCAGUAACAAUUGUAAAAGUACCUACAAAAAAGUGUUUCAAUCUUCGUCUCAACUAAAGCUAAACUUUUGUCUUAAGUCAGCCUACAACUCCAAGCUAUUCUAACAUAAAGUAGCAGAUCAAUGCAGUUUUAUCUGAAAUCUGAUGUUUUUACUCGCGUCGUUGUUACCGCAAAGAUAUUAACGGGCAGGGAUUCUUGUAACUGGGCUUGGUAUGUUUGCAAAUUGAGAAUCGCCUAUUAUAGAUAAGUAAGAGUCUAUAACUCUGCAAUGGUUAUUUCAAUAAUAUUUUUGAGGAUAGAUUAGUCCUAUGUCGUUUAAUUUUAAAGACAAACAAAUUCGAAGCGCACCUCAAAAAAUUGUGCUUUGAGCCCAAACUAGUUACAAGAAUAUCAUUUCCGCAAAAGGUAAGAGGACAUUUAAACAAAUACUGAUAUGUACAUGUAUCCAUAAUUGUGAUAAUAAUAUUUUGUGAUUACUUUAUAUAGACCUAAAUAUUUACGUGUACCGAAAAAAUGCAAUGCAAAAUAGUUAAAAUAUCGCAGUUUAAAGAGUUAAAAAUCAAGAUCAAUAACUAUGCUACGUAUGUUUGUAAUGUAAGGAAUAAUAUUCCACAAUUGUUUAAUACAUUCAAAAUAAUAAAAGUCUAACAAAAUAAAA